GCGGUCAUCGCAACAGCAGCGACAGUAACGACUCCAGCCAGCUCCGUCAUCGAAGAGAGAAGUACAGAGUGUCGACGCCGCAAAGUCCUGUUUCCUGUUAAAUGCUUAAAGUGUUUUUCCACACAGUCAGUCAAUAUUACCAGAGAACGGUAGGCGACCAUGUAUGCUUUACAAUCUCCAACAAAGACAAGGAACGAUGGAAACGACUCCCCAGAAGACACCGAAAUCCGCAGCACAGGGAGUGCUAGCUGUGGGUUUUACAGGAUGGUGCUGCUGUGUUUGGGAGUGAUGUGUUUUGUACAAGGCACCCAGAAUGUUGUGCUGCGUCCCCUGUCUAAUGGUAUAAAAGAUAAUAGCACUGUUGUGACAAAGAAAGAGGACCAACUCCAGGACUGCUUCAGAAACCUGACCACAGAGGAGGAGUGGUCCCAGACCAGAUUCGACCAGCUGCAAAGAGAACUGGACCAGUUACAAACUAGAUACAACCAACUCCUCAUAGAACGGGACCAGUCCCAAGCACAGUUGAAAAGCUGUGAAGAGAAGGACUCCACCUGUCCAGUUGGAUGGACAGCGUUGGGCUCCAGUAUCUACUACAUUUCCAAGGCAACGAACGACUGGAGCCAUAGCAGGAAGGACUGCCAAGAGAGAGGAGCAGACCUGGUGGUCAUCAACAGCAGAGAGGAACAGGACUUUAUACGAAGCUUGAUGGUGCCCAUCUGGAUUGGACUGAUUGAGACUGACUCGGUGUGGACAUGGGUGGAUGGAAGCUCCUUGUCCACUCGGUUUUGGUUGGAUGGAGAGCCUAACGAAUAUCGGUAUGGAGAGGACUGUGCGCAGAGUAAGCCGAAUCCAGAAUCCGUCAAGAGCUGGAACGAUGAGCGGUGCCAGAAAUAUCUGAACUGGGUCUGUGAGAGACGGGCCUGUUAAUGUAACUGGGUCUGUGACAGAUGGGUCUGUUAACGUAACCGGGUCUGUGACAUUUAUCCUAAACAAUUUGAAACAAAUGCUGUUAAAUGUUGGACAAGUCAGACAAAUAUAAUUUCUGAUUUUA